AUGCUCACGCCCAGGAGACAGACCUUCACCCUCUCCCGCCGGGCCACAGGCGCCGGUCUCUAUAGGCUCCCCAACAAGAUCACGAGAUUCCUCUGCAUCGGCCUCCUGGUCGGCAUAAUAUUAUUCAUCUCCGCCCUGGUCCAUGCUGGCGUUGCAGAAAACCACAGGAUCCUCAAGGGCGAGCUGCCUGCGAGGCCCUCGGGCCCCAACGCCUGGGAGUCCUUCAACUUCCUCACCCGCUACUACGGCGGCAUAAGGACCCUCACCCCUUUUGAGGACAACAUCCCACAGUACCCGAGAAGUGAGGACGAGGCGCCUUUCACCGGGGACGAGCCAGGCCCGGCUUUCUACAGCGGCUCGCAAGAGCCCACCGACGCUGCCUUGCCCCCGAGCAAGUCCUUUCCCAGCGACUACCAAAAUACAAUCUUGAGGGCGCAAAAGGUCAACGAGUGCUUCCUGGACACCGAGCAGAAGGUGAAGGUGCCCUACAUCCGGUACUAUGACGGACGGCCAGCCGGCUUUCCCCAGAAUGUGCUGGGCUCCUACGAGCUCCUGUCCCUGCCCGAGGACAUUUGCUUCGAGCGUCAUGGCAGGCUAGGUCCCUACGGGUUCGGAUACUCGGUCCGUUCUGGUGGUCUGGGCAUUGGCGAGCACGGCGAUCGUGAUGGUUCUGAGCAUGUCUGGGAUGCAACGCACCAGGUCGACUGGCGCAACAUUGACUGGUCAGCCGUGCAGCGCAGCUGUUACCAAGCCAAUGCCGACCUUUACAAGCCACUCACUCGCAGACAACAUCCCCCACGCGGCUUCUACAUCAACGAGAAGCUCGAGAAUAUGACCCUCUUCCGGAGGGACGACGGCAUGCCCGCUAUCGGCGAGGCCAUGUCGCCAGUCCCCGAGGACGCUGCGGCGAAGCCAGCGGGCGAGCUGUCCCGGACCGCCAUCGUGAUUCGCUGCUGGGAUGAGUACGACUGGCGGGCAGAGGACGUUGUGUACCUGCGCUCUAUCAUCACCGAGCUCUCCCUCGCGUCGGGCGGUCGAUACGACGUCCACCUCUUGGUCCAGGUCAAGAACGACGCAAAGUACCCUAUCUGGGCCGACGACGAGGUGUACGAGCAGAGAAUCAAGGACACCGUGCCCAAGGAGCUGCAGAACAUCGUCACCCUCUGGACAGAGACACAAAUGCUCUCGUUGUACCAAGGCAUUCAUGACUUGUGGACGCGGGGCAAAGACUUGCCUGUUCAUGGCGUGUACCGCGGACUCCAGAUGGCCAUGCAGUACUUCGCCUACAACCACCCCGAGUACGACUAUUUCUGGCAGUGGGAGAUGGACAUCCGAUACACUGGUCACUACCUCGACAUGUUCACCAAGAUGGAGAACUGGGCCAAGGAGCAGCCGCGCAAGGGUCUCUGGGAGCGAAAUGCGCGCUUCUACAUUCCGGUCGAACACGGUACCUGGGAGGACUUUAGCCAGAUGGCACGCGUGCAGGCUGAGAUGGGCACCACCAGCGCCGAUAAUAUCUGGAGCGGUCUCGACAAGAAAAAGAAGCCCAAGAAGCCGCAAGAGCUGACCCGCGGCGAGAAGAUGAUCUGGGGCCCAGUGCGUCCGUCUGACGCGAGCGACUGGUUCGAGCCCGAGAACGACCCCGUCCCGCCUACAACCUACGAGCACGACAAGUACCAGUGGGGUGUUGGCGAGGAGGCCGAUCUGAUCACGCUGAACCCCAUGUUCGACCCAGAAGGGACCACUUGGCUUCUGGCUGACGAUAUCACCGGUUAUAACCACACCGAUGAGGCGGGCAAGCCACCACGCCGUGCGCAGAUCAUCACCGCCAGCCGCAUGUCCCGUAGGAUGCUCUUGACCAUGCAUCGCGAGACCGCCUUCAAGAAGCACCACGCCUUCCCGGAGAUGUGGCCUGCGACCGUCGCCCUGCAGCACGGGUACAAGGCUGUCUUCGUACCCCACCCUCUCUAUGUGGACCGUGAGUGGCCAACCCAGUACAUGGCGGCCGUGUACAAUGGCGGCAAGAAUGGUGCGUCGGGUGGAUCGCGGACGAGCGUGUUCGGGCAGCGCGAGCACAACCUGCAAGGGCUGACCUGGUUUUACAACUCUGGCUUCGCCCCGAAUCUGUACCGGCGUUGGCUGGGCCUGAAGGUCAACAAUGAUGGCGGCGAGGAGUUCGAAUUGACUCGCGAUAUGACCAAGGACGAGACCUCGGUCGGCGAGAUGCGAGGUGGCGAGGGCCGCAUGUGUCUCCCACCGAUGCUCAUCCACCCGGUCAAGGGUGUGGACCUGCCGGUCGAGCAGUACGAUGAGAUCGAGGUCCCUGAGUCUGACCCGAGCGCCUGA